GUGUGGCGAAACGAUUUAGUUGUUUCAAGAGCAAGUUGGUGCGCCGAUGGAUAACUAUGAAGGAAAAGAAGCCAAAAAAUCAAACAAACAAGAUGCCUUGGGAUGUCUACAACCAUAUCACAGAGGAUGAUUGGAAGACUUUUGUUAAACAUUAUUUCCUGCCAGAGUCAUUGCUUCGUAGUGAAAAGGCGAGGAAAAGUGCAUCAUGCAACAAGAACCCACAUCGCACCGGCCAAAAGGGUUAUAAUAGAAAGCGACUAGAUUGGAUAAAGGAUGGACGACUUCCACCAGAUGCAGCUUUACCUAUCUCGAGUAGCUCCUCGGUGAACUCAUCAGUGACCUCAAAUGUUAAUAGAGUUAGAAAAUACAGAUCAAAGGAGUGGAUUUUGGCCCAUCAAGUACAAAAUAAAGAGGGAAAGUGGGAAAUUGACCCGAACGAUACAGAAGUUGUUGAAAUCGCAACAAAAGCUUUAGAGUACAUCGCAGAAGAGGAAAAAGGAAAUCUUUCUUUCGAACAGGGUGAGGAUGCCCUCACUAAAGCUAUAGGGAAAAAAGAUCAUCGUGGGCGUGUCAAGGGAACAGGUGGCAUGGUUGGUAUCAAAAAGGUUUUCGGUCCGUGUAUUCGACAUAGUAGAAGUGACCAUGGUGAAGCUUCAUCAGAAAAUUACGAAUCAAUCAGAGCUUCUGUGAAAAAGGAGUUUGAAGGUGAAUUAGAGAAAAGGGUAGAGAAAAGGGUGGCAGAGGCCCUCCAAAAGCAACUAAGCACCUUGUUAAAAAUAGGACAACUAAACUCCAUUUCUACCCCGAUACUUGAUGACCUCCACUUAAAUGAUUCUGCCAGAGUUGACCUUAAUUUGACAUUUACUUAA